AUGGAAGACUUCUAUUUUGAUGAACCUGGUCGGUUGUGUUUGCUUGGCAUUCUCCCCGGAGCCCUUUCCAAAACCAAGGCGAGGUUGGAGGCUCGGACAAAUGAACUAAAAUACACUUUAGAAUCUACUGAGAUUGCUCAGCUCCGUCAAAUUCUUAUGAAUAUCGACAACAAAAUUGAGCUAUCCAACGAUGAAAAUACCGCUGUUGUCGAGAAAUUUCGGGAAAAAGCUCUAUCCUGGCACUUGAAGCCUGAAGAUCUUCAAGAAAGCUUGCAAGAACUCUCCACAAUUCGAUUGACCAGGCAAAGUGGUCUUCAACUGGGAUCGAGCCUUGUAGUGCGCCCGAGAACCUAUGCCGAUGCAGAAACUCAGACAGACAGAAACAUGUCUAUUGGCUUCUUCAGUGCUGUCGAACUGCCCACAGAGAUAUUUCCAAUGAACUUUGAUGGCCUUGAGUAUCCCAGAGUCAAGAGUUCGACGACUAAGAUGUCUAAACCCCAAGAGGUUGACAAUCGAACAGGGCAACAGCCUGAAACUGCAUUGCUACAGAACCCCCCGGAAACUAAUCAUGGGGAAGUCAUUCCUAUGGAUAGAACACCCAGCAUGGACAGACCGCUCACCUUGCUCAGAAGAGUGAGCGGCGAGACCAUAGAUAACAUCCACUUAUCCGCCGAGGAGUUCGUCAUCAUUAACCUCGAAUACCCGGAGGAACCAUUUGUUUUGCGCUGUCCAUGUCGUCGUCUCUGUUGGAAACAACACCCAUUCGAACAGCACCGCGCCCUCCACCACUUUUGCGAGUUUCAUCUCGAGGUUUUCGGGGACGAAAUUCCUACCGAAAGAUUCGUGUUCGAAAAUUAUUCACGGAAAGUUAUUGGAAUGCCACCUUCGGCUUUCAGCGCACUGGCGAUGGGAAACGAGCACAACUUGGAUCUAACAAAAGAGUCGGAGACUCCUGGCAGCCUCGACGUGGAAGUCAAUGGCUCUAACACCGCCUCCGAUUCACGAGACAGGCCAAUAUUGCCGUCUGAUAUGGAAGCUCAACAGUCACCAGCGGUGUUAUCCGAACUUGUUGGAGAUGAAGACAAGGCCCUUGACAACAUUGAAGUUUUCGACGGCGAUUACUACGACGACUGCUCCGAUGAAGAAGAAGACGAUGAAAUUGAUUACCUGGAUAGCGAAUACGCACCAGACGAGCAAUACCAUAUGGCCGACCCUAUCGGGGGUAGAGGCGAAGGCCGAGUUUUCUCAGCUCCACCCCAGACAAGAGCAUCGCGCGAUUGCUGCAAAAAGACCUAUGUAUCGCCUGUGGAGUCACUCAAACGUAACAGGUCCACGUUCGAAGGCAUUGAGACACCGAGAUUCAUUUAUACAUUCAAGACUUCAAGACUCCAUGAGCUGAAGACCAACUUUUAG